GCGGCGGCAUGGCGGCGGCGAGCACUGAGGGAUGGGGGUGGGGCGGCAUUAGGGCGGCAUCAAGCACCGAGCGGGCGCACAGUGCAAUGGCAACCUCGGCAUCAUGACCAUGCAUGGGUCCGGUUGGCGCUGCGGUGUCCGGCUCUCCCUGGCAUGUGCACUGCUAAGCCUUCCUGUUGCCUUCGCACCGCUGGCUCCGAGGCCACGUUCCGAUGGCGAACCGACAGUGUUACUGAAGGGCGUGGACUGGACCAGCGUCGAGAUCUACUGGAUGCGCGAGGAGGUGCUCUACUACACCAUCCUGAUCCAGGUCUGGGACAACGGCCAGUUUCUCGACGUGUUCAACGAUUCGAUGGUGUCCUUCUGGAACGAGUUCGACGGCUCCGAGGCCCACGCGGAGGUCAGCGAUCUUCUGCCGUGCACCACCUACAGGUUCUCGGUGAAGGCCUUCGACGAGUCGGGGGGCUUGGUGCGGGUGGAGGGCCGACCCAUCGACGUCUUCACCUUCGACGGCAGUGAUGAGAGUGUGUAUGUGACGGCCGUGACCGGCACCCCCGUCAACGAGACGGCCAUGAAAGUGACCUGGGUGCCGCCGCCGUGGGACAAGCUGCCGGCCCCGUUCGAGCAUUGCGUCCGAGGCUACUCCGUAAGGUCCAUCGUGUACGACAAUGGCGUGGAGACGGCUUACACCUGGGUGGACGGCGCGCACACCUCGGAGGCCAUUAUCGCGCGCUACCAGCCCUGCAUCACGUACUGGCUGGAGGUGGCACUCACCUUCCCCCGCAACGCCAUGGAGCUGGACGGCACCGGGCCGCCGCAGGUGGAGAGAGUCAGCGUCACCAUGCCAGGGGACCUACCGAGCGAGCCGAUAAAUCUGCAAAUAAGGACGAGCCUGCUCUCGUCGGGCGAGGCUAGGAUCUGCGCAUCUUGGGACCGCCCACUGAAGAUGCCGUCGUGCGUGAGCUCCUACGAGGUGACAUUGGAGCCCUUGGAAACGUCAUGCCAGUGCCAAGACACAACGGACAGCCCGAACGACGACCUGUCUUCCUCGGCCGCCCCCUCUGAGACUCCCCCCGCCCUUCCCACGAAGCUUCCCACGAAGAUUCCCACCGCCCUUCCCACGAAGAUUCCCACCGCCCUUCCCACGAAGCUUCCCACGAAGCUUCCCACCGCCCUUCCCACGAAGCUUCCCACGAAGAUUCCCACCGCCCUUCCCACGAAGCUUCCCACCAAGCAUCCGACGAAGCUUCCCACCAAGACUCCCACCGCGCUUCCGACGAAGCUUCCCGUCAGGCUGCCGACCAAACUUUCCACCAAGCUUCCCUCCGAGCUCCCCACCAUCACCACCACCAGCAGUGGUGACUACAAAAUCUGCAGUUCAAUGCUGUCGGGAUCAAUACGUCAACGCCGGGCCAUUGCCGGCGUGCCCAUGCUGCGAGGGCCGACGACCGCGGCGGGGCACUGGCCCACGACCAGCAGCUCCAGGAUGCCCACCCUGGAUCCCUCACCGAGUACCCCUCGUACCCUGGAUACCUCGCCUGUCCUGGAUACCUCGCCUGCCCUGGAUACCUCGCCUGCCCUGGAUACCUCGCCUGCCCUGGAUACCUCGCCUGUCCUGGAUACCUCGCCUGCCCUGGAUACCUCGCCUGCCCUGGAUACCUCGCCUGUCCUGGAUACCUCGCCCACCCCAACCACCCCGCAUGCUCCACCUUCCGCGCCUACCUCAACUGCACUGCCCACAUCACCUGAGGCACCUAGCCCGCCAACCACGCCCACCCCGCCUAUCUUGCCUAACUCGCCCACCCCGCUUACUUCGCUUGCAUCAGCCACGACAACCACCGACAGCGACGAGACCUGCGUGCCGAUGUGUGGCCCUUGUCAUGCAAAAGAAUCAUGGCGGGUCGACCCCUCUCAGCAGACAGCCCUCCCUCCCAUCGAUUACGGCAGUUUCUGUCCGGCGGUCGAGACGGGCGAGGCUGACGCGGACUACGACGACGGGCCGUGGAUCGUGCGGCAUGCCACUGAAACCUGCACCGACAUGCCGGCACCGAUCGGGUACUGGAUCCCGACCCAGAUCGCGAUGACCGUGGUGCCGCGCAACAAGAACGACGACGACGGGCCGCCGGCGCGGCAGACGGCCUGGAUAGCCCUUCCCAAACCCGAUGCUGGCACCGCGGUCACCGUGCGCAAGCGGCAAGCACUGCUGAACUGGCCGACGCUACCGGUGCCGGCCUGGUGUGAAUGUAAAGGAGGGGUUGACCUGGAGGUUUGGUGCGGUACUCCCCCCUCUCCUGCAUCCACAAGCGUCACCGAUUUCGUCGCCAGAAUCAGACUGCCGCAGAGACAGGACGCCAUCAAGACGGCGGUGUUGCUCGACGGACUCACGCCCAACACGUACUAUGGCUGCACAGCCAAGUACGUUGGCCGGGACGUCGGCGCCCAGUCGAGCUGCUCGGAUUUCACCUUUUUCACGACUACCGCGGAACAUGGAGGAUACAUCGGACUGCCAGAAAUAGACAACUCCGGAACCGUCUCUUGGGAGGACUCAUUCAGUGAAUUCGGGACGUCGUACCUGAUACAUGUCAGUUACAUGCCCUGGAGCGUGACGAGCCCUCCCUCGCGUGACCCGGCCUGCCCGGGUGUGCUCGACGAGUACCUUUUCUUCGCCUCCGCCGGGAACCACUGCUGCGGAGAAAUGUACCACUUCCUGCCCGGCGGCUUGAGGUUCAUCGUUACGGUCGAGGCGACGACCAGUGGGCAGAAAAGUAGCGGCAAGAAUAUGUUAACGCCAUACAAGGUGCCCAGCCCGAUCACUUUCGAGAUCGUGGACAAAGACGGUACAGUGCUUUGCGACAACAAGCCCGCCACGGUGUUGACCAUCGUGGGGUUCCCGCCUUGCGAGGCCAACGGCGGAUCCAUCUACCGGUACGAAGUGAGCAUGACGAUAAUCAGCGAGGACGGCGAAGGCCAUUACCCCGCCAUCACGCAGAGCUACAGCAUCCAACCGUACAUGUGCCCGGACGGCUGCUUCAAGAUCCCCUUCAACGACAGGCGCUUCGACUGGUGCUACUCCAUGAACGCCACACUGGAGGUGACCGUUACGGUGACGAACGAGGCCGAGAAGAGCACGUCUGGCAGACAGGAAUACCUCACACCGUUUCUCGGCCUGAAUGCGAACGACUCCGGCGUGUCCGCGAAGUGUGUGGCGGGCAAGGAGGGGCAGGUGGCCGUCUCCUUCUCCAAGAGCAUGUUCCUCUCGUCCUGGAGGAACCCCGACUACUACCGCAUCGUCAUCACAGAGGGCCAGAGCGAGUUGAGCAAGCGAUGCGAUAUCGACGAGCUGCCCCUGCAGGCCGAGCAGACCAGGGGCGCAGCCAUCAGCAGCCUCGAGCGGCCCUUCAGGGCCACUGCCGAGCGCUGGAAUCCAUUCAAAGGUACGAAUGCCACCGACGUGACGUUCAUCAUCGGCGGCAGCGAGAACGCCUGCAACAUCAGCGACGACAGCGACGACGCCGCGCUGUUCUGCAACAGGCCCCUGACGCCCGGCAAGGUGUACUCCGUCCACGUGCAGGCCGCCAUCGCAGUGCCCAGGAUCAUCGUGACGGCGCCCCUGGUGGCCGUCACCGUGGGCGGCACUGGAGGGGCAGACGACAAGCGCAUUUUGAUGUACCUUAUAUACAUCGCAGUUCCGCUGGUGAUCGUCAACACGGCCCUUUUCGUCAAAUACUUGAAAGAGUGCCGCCGCUGCAGGCGCCGUGGCGGCGAGCGCAAGCCCAGCAUGCGCCGGUCCCUGCACUGCGCGGAACGGGCGGAGCGCCCGGACGGGUCCCUGGGGCACAUGAGCAACAUGGACCGCGCCUGGGCCGGCGUGCCGGAGCCCAUCACGGAGCGCCAGUUCCGCCAGCUCUACGACGACAUGGCCCAGGACAUCGCCUGUCCCCAGCUGCUGAGGCAGUUCGAGGCCCUGUGCGCACUCAGCAGCCAGGUGGCCGCGAGCUUGCCGAGCAGGGUGGGGCACUUGCCCAUGAACGCCUCCAAGAACCGAUACUCCAACGUCAUUCCAUUCGACAAGAACAGAGUCCGCUUGCUCGACUGCGGGGAGGAUGACGAGGUUUCCAACUACAUCAACGCAUCUCACAUCACGGGCUUCUCGGGAUGGCCGGAGUACAUCGCGGCGCAGGGCCCCAAGGAUAACACGGCCAAGGACUUCUGGUUCAUGGUGUACGAGCAGAACGUGCGCACCGUGGUGAUGCUCACCAAGCUGACGGAGGACGGCAAGAACAAGUGCCACCAGUACUACCCGGAGCUGGAGGACCGCUACACGUGGGGUGACUUGUCUGUGGCGUGCUGCGUGCAGAACGACCUGCUGUUCUACACGCUCAGGACCAUCGUCAUGACCAAGGGCUCGGAGAAGCGGCUGGUCAACCACUUGCACUUCCGCGAGUGGCCCGACUUCGGCUGCCCCGCGUCCCCCAAGCACGUGCUGCAGUUCUGCAUCACGCUGCGCCGCCAGGCCGUGCUGUUCCCCGGCAUGAUGGUGGUGCACUGCAGCGCUGGUGUCGGCAGAACCGGGACCCUCAUAGCUUUGGACAUUCUGCUGCAGUGCCUGAAGAGCAAGAAGAAAAUCGAUGUCUUUGGUGUCGUGUUGAAUCUGAGAGAACAGCGGCCAUUCAUGGUGCAGACUCAGGAGCAAUAUUGCUUUCUGAUCAAAUGUCUGAGGGUUGCUUUGGACGACCCAAUCAUACGUAAAUACAAGCCUCCAGCAAAAGGAUCGAAGAAGGCUGCAGAGUUGCAGACACUUGCCCUUCAGGUGUUCCAGAAAUCAGUUCAGUGCAAGAAGAUGCCAAUACCAUAAUGCAAUGCACUUUAAAAUAAAGGAAUUACAAGAGUUACUUAUGAACACAGAAUUCAAGACACUUCUUUUCAUUCCUAACUCUCCAGCCAGUCUCUCACUUCCUCUUUUUUUCCACACAAAAAAUGA